GUACUAUUAAUGACAACAACAAUGUUUAGCCCUAGACUUUACUAGCUCCAAUCCCUAUAUUUUUGAAACCUAAAGACAGAAGGUAUGCAAGACUCUGCACAUUGUUCAGGACAAUCCGGUCUAUCCAGCUCGAACGCUAAGAAAGAUUCACAGUAUUUUUAAAUGCCACUGUCCCCAAAAGGAGAAGGCGCGCUAUAUUUACUGGAAACACGGGAGGUUUAAAAAUUGCACUCGAGGCACUUGAAAACUUUUCUUGUUUUCAAGACUGAAAGGGGGCACGGUUUUACAUAAGCUUGGGAAAAAGUUAAAUCAUUAGGAAUAUAAACAGCCAUCCUGAACACUCGCAGCGACUCUGCUGAGGCGGUGAUGGAGACCGAAGAGGAGGCAGUGCUGCUUGAGCCGAAGCGGACAGGUGGUGUUGCGCCGCCGCUGCUGGACUACACAGCUGCCUGUUGUCAUGGAGGAGCAAAGAUGGCGGUCCUGGCCUAUAGCCGGGGCAAACGCGAAAUAAAUCAAUAUUUUACAAUCAAGAAUGCUAAAUUGAUAUCACUGGCGGCGGUGCUUUUGCUGCUCUUGUUCCACACGGCUUUGCGGCAUUACGGAGGUGGAGACUCAUGUGAAUGGCUGCUGUCCAAAGGACGCUACUUGGGGGAGAAUGUAUGGCAGCCUUAUGGCUGUAUGAUGCACAAAUACAAAAGCAUUGAAGCCAAAACAUGCCUUUCCAAGAAACGGGUGGUCUUUGCCGGUGACUCACGAAUCAGGCAGCUAUUUUACUCCUUUGUCAAAAUUAUCGAACCUGAGAGGACAGAAGAUGGAAACAAGCAUGAGGACAUCUUCUUUCAAGAUGAGAAGUCCUCUCUUAAUGUGAACUUCCUUUGGUAUCCAGAGGCAAAUAACUCGAUGAAGGACCGCGUGGUGUCAUGGACGCAUGAGACCGCUGCGAAACCUGAUGUUGUUAUCCUCGGAGCGGCAACUUGGUCCAUCAAGUUGCACAGUGGCAGCAGCGAAACCCUGCAGCAGUACAAAGCAAAUCUGACAGCAAUUGCUGUGCAUCUGGAUAAACUGGCUGAGCAUGCGGAGAUCUACUGGGUCCUGCAAGAUCCGGUGUACGAGGACACGUUGAGUGAGAACAGGAAGAUGAUCACCAACCAACAGCUUGACCUGUACAAUCAAGCGGCGAUGGAGGUGCUCAACAGCAGCAAGUACAGCGGGAGGUCUCGGGUCAAGCUGCUGGCGGCGGCCCGUGAGGCUGCUCUGGAAACGAUCAUAAACUCAGACGAUGGUUUACACCUACCAGAGGGCACCAGGAAUGUGGGAGCCAUGGUCCUCAUGAACUCCCUUUGCAACAAGCUGCUGAGGCCCAUCGACGGCUCCUGCUGCCAGCCCAUUUCCCCGCCAAACCUCAUCCAGAAACUGUCAGCUUGUUUCUUCCUGGGAGCAGCCGUCGUCUUCGUGGUCCUCCACGUCCUCGGCUGCAACCGCCAUCGCCGGCAUGCCACUCCCGACGUGGAGAGCCUCGAGGAGAAGAAGCCUGCCACUGCGGCCGCGCCCCUCGGACCAAAGGCUCCUUUCCAGGCUCUCUGCAGGAUGGGCGUCAUAAUGUUGUACUUCUACCUGUGCGACCGAGCUGAUGUGUUCAUGAAGGAGCAGAAGUUCUACACGCACUCGGCGUUCUUCAUCCCUCUCAUCUACAUAUUUGUGCUGGGAGUGUUUUACAGUGAGAACACCAAGGAGGCCAAGUUGCUCAACCGAGAGCAAACGGACGAAUGGAAAGGCUGGAUGCAGUUGGUUAUUCUUAUCUACCAUGUUUCUGGAGCAAGUGCUUUUGUUCCUGUGUACAUGCAUGUGCGUGUAUUGGUAGCAGCAUACCUGUUUCAGACUGGCUAUGGACACUUUUCCUUUUUCUGGCUCAAAGGAGACUUUGGACUUUAUAGAGUGUGUCAGGUGUUGUUCCGGCUAAACUUCCUUGUGGUGGUACUUUGCAUUGUAAUGGACAGACCAUACCAGUUCUACUACUUUGUCCCCUUGGUCACAUUCUGGUUUGUUCUCAUCUACGCCACAAUGGCCAUUUGGCCUCAGAUCCUUCAAAAGAGGACUAACAGUAGUGGUAUCUGGCAUCUUGGCAUUCUGGCCAAGUUACUGGGCCUGUUGCUGAUUAUCUGCUUCUUUUCCUUCUCACAGAGUCUGUUCAUGAGCGUGUUCUCAGUGUGGCCCGUCUCUAAGCUGUUUGAGCUGAACGGAAGUGUCCAUGAGUGGUGGUUCAGAUGGCAGCUGGACCGAUUUGCUGUGAUUCAUGGCAUGGUGUUUGCCUUCAUCUACCUGGUGCUGCAGAAGCGUCAGGUGUUGUCUGAGGGCAAAGGAGAAGCUCUUUUCCCUGCAAAGAUUUCCAACUUGCUCCUUUUCUUCUCGGUGGUUUCCUUCAUAACAUACUCAAUAUGGGCGAGCAACUGCAAAACCAAAACGGAGUGCAAUGAGAUGCACCCUUACAUCUCUGUGGUCCAGAUUUUGGCCUUCAUUCUUAUCAGGAACAUUCCUGGUUACGCUCGCUCUGUUUACAGCUCGUUCUUUUCAUGGUUCGGAAAGAUCUCCCUGGAGCUGUUCAUAUGUCAGUACCACAUCUGGCUUGCGGCAGACACCAAGGGAAUCCUGGUCCUGAUCCCGGGCAACCCUUCGCUCAACAUCUUGGUGAGCACCUUCAUCUUCGUUUGUGUAGCUCAUGAGGUUUCUGUCAUCACCAACGACCUGGCUCAGGUGGUGAUCCCCAAAGACAGCAUGGCCCUGCUGAAGAGACUGGGAGCUAUGGGGGUCCUGAGUUUAUUUGUUCUGAUGUCCCAGCUCCUCACACCUGGAACUUAAAGGAUACUUUGAGAGGACUGGGUUACAGUCUGGGGGCCUGCUAUGACUGAAGUGGCAGAUAAAAAUCAAACUGAAUUUUUUUCUUUCGUGCUGCUGGUGGCCAGAUGAGACUCGGUAACGUUGUUAUUGGCUGCUGUAAAAUGAGAAGUCUCGGCAAGAGAAAUAUUUAAAAGGACAGAAACACUGAAAUGUUUACAUAACCUUCAUGUUAGACUUGGAGACCCAAAACCACUUUCUCUGGGCUCAGGACCUCAUGCUUGCUGUGAACUUCGCAGCACUUCUUCUGCUUAGCCAAACUUGUUUGAUAUGAAGUUUGUUCCUCGUUUCUCCGAGGAUCUCUCCGUCCACGUGGCAGUAGGACCACCAGCAUAUUUGGAACUUUUUCUCUUUUCUUUUCCAAAUAAGCUGAUCUGCAUAACGUCUUGUCAUUGACCUUCUAUAUUGCUGGUGUGAGAUAUUUACACAAGGAACGAAGUGGAUCAAUGUGGACUGAUAACAAACCUGCCGAGUGUAUAGUAAAAAAAAAAUUUCAGUGCAAUUGUUAAAAUUUUAGGGACUUUUUUUUUUUUUUUUUCAUUUAAAGCAAUGUUUGAGAUUAUUGUGUUUGCAGAAAGUCGCUGUCACCUGCUGUAGCUCAGAAAUGACAUGUGACAUGUACAGUAUUUAAUGACUUAAAUUAAGCUUAUAUUUUAUACAGUUUUGGCUUUGUUUUGUACUUUGCGUCCAUAACUGCUGUUUGUGAAGUAUCGCAUUAAGAAUUUUGUACCCAAAAUACCCUUGUAGACAAGGUUGAGCCUUUCAGUCAAAUAGUUGUGUCCUAUUAGCACCACAUGCUGUGUAAAUAUAUGUAUAUUUGUAUGAUACAACAGAUUUAUUUUGUACAGCUGUUCAUCUCCUGUUCUUUAAAACAUGCCUCAUACUAGCUGUGGUGGAAAAUGCACAAUAUUGCACAUAUUGUUCUACUAUAGAAGAAACAAACGUCCUUCCUCAGACUGACCCUCCCCCCCAAAAAAAGAUUUUUUUUUUUUUUUUAAUAAUUAGGUGAAGGCUUUUUGAUAUUUUUCUCUUUUUUUAACUCCAGACGGUUCUGUAAACAGCACAUAUUCAAGUGUGUUGUUUAAGCACUUGAAAUCAGGGCCACUUCGGCAUUAUAACCACUUUGUAAUGCACUGACAGACCUAAAAGGAUACUUUUAUGCCGCAUAGAUGAAAAUAUUGUUUAAUAUGUCUGUUGCCAGGUGGAUAAUUGGUUCUUUGCCUGUUUCUACUCAUUUGAGAGGAAGCACUUUUAUUUUGAACCUGCUUUUUAUUUCCCACUUUCAUCUUUAAGAUGAAACCCAGAUUUUAGUACAUUCUUGUUUGGCAUAUUUAUUUCUUUUUUUUUGCUUAAAGAAAACGGUUAUAUUAAACUUGGUGUUUAAUUGCAUCUACCAUUGGGUAGUAAAACAUUGCGUGUCAAUCAUUUUGUAUUUAUGUUUGUUUUGGGGGUUUUUUUCCCAGGAAAAUUAGGGGACACAUUUCUGUUUUUGUUACAAUCUGCAGCUUUUGAGGCUGUUCACACUCUCAAAGUGAAACAGAGCCAAGUUGACCUCAAAAUUUCUACUAAUAAUCAGAACCUUGUAUAAUUAUCAAUAAUAUGGUAUUUACCUGCUAUCAUUUUCCUUUGAUAUAUGUAUAAAGUUUGCUGACCUCUUUUAUUGAUCAACAGCAAAGCAGUACAUUUGGCAGUUGUUUCAUGCCUUAAUUGAUCUGUGUGAUCACGUAAAAGCAACAAAUAUUACACCCGUUUUUAGGGCCUAGUCAAAUAUUUACAUGUUUGUUUGUGGUGUCUGACAAUGUGUGGAAUUGUCUUCAUAUUUAUAAAUGCCUUUAUUCUGUUGUACAUUGUUUUAAAAAAAAAAAUCCCUUGAUUAAAAAAAAAAACGUUUUGGG